AUGAAGUUUCGACGUUGUUUUUUUGCUUUUGGUGCAUGCUUGUCGGGUUUUAAGUCAUGUCGACCGUCACUCUCCCUGGAUGGAACAUUUCUGCACAACAAACACAAGGGCAUUUUGUUAACUGCAAUUGGGCAAGAUGGUCAUAAUAAAUUGUACCCAGUUGCAUUUGGCAUAGUUAGUGAAGAAUCUGAUAGCAAUUGGGCUUACUUUCUUACUCAUUUGAGGGUUUGCAUUGGCACGGAUCGUGUGGUGACGUUUUUCUCGGAUCGCAAUCACGGUAUUUUGGAUGGGGUGAAAAAUAUAUUCCCUGAUUGUCUUCAUAGAUACUGCUUGUAUCACUUGCAAUUAAAUUUGUCAAGUAAAUGUAGAGGUUGUCCAUCUGGUUUUCGAAAGAAGAUGGCUCAUUUGUUUAAUGCUUGUGCCUACGCUCCUACGAAAUCUAAGUUUGAUGUGCAUAUAAAGGAGUUUAUAGAAACUGGAGGUACAAGGAUUAGAAAUUUUCUAGCAGACCUUCCGUAUAACAACUGGACUUGUGCACAUUUUGAGGGGAAUAGAUAUGGGCAGAUGGCAUCUAGUGUUGCAGAAUCGUGGAAUAUGAAGAUUGGCGGCAUUCGUGGCCUGCCUAUAACAAAUGUGGUUGAUGGUCUUAGGAGUAUUAUGAUGGUGGAAAUGUGUGUAAGGGCAGAGGAGGCUGCGAGGGCAUCGGAGUACAUUUACGAGGUGCUUAGUACUCCAAUAGCUGUUGUUGACAUUCGCAACAGGUCAUGCACGUGUAGAGCGUGGCAAGUCAACGGUCUGCCGUGUAUACAUGCUGCGUGUGUUCUGUUCCAUAACAAUAAUGAUGGUUAUGCAUAUGUGGACUAUUAUUACACUGUUGAGUGUUAUAAAACCACGUAUUCUCACAGUAUUUAUCCAUUUGUCAAGCCAGAUUUUGAUGGUGAUUUGCCUUUGGUUGGACCUCCAGAUUAUCAUAUUCGGCGUGGCAGGACGAAGGUGAAGAGAAUUCCUUCGCGAGGUGAGAAGGUUAAGAGGAAGAUAAAAUGCAGCUCAUGCAACCGUAUGGGCAAUCACAACAAGAAAACGUGCAGGAGGCCUGUAUGA